GUACGAGUGUGCGCGCGCGUGUGUGUCUGUGUGUGUGUGUGUGUGCGUGCGUGGGUCCCGGGGACCGGGCGCGGGUGCCCCAUUGCCUUCCACACCCUGCCUGCUCCUCGGCUCCUUCCUCGGCCCCUCCCGCACCGGGGGUGGCGUACCGCGAGAAGGCCGCGCGCGCGCGCGCGGGACACAGGUGUGCUCGGCGUGCGGGACCGCCGGAGACAAAGGGGGCGCGGAGGCGAGCCCGCCAUGGCCUCCCGGAGCCUGGGGGGCCUGAGCGGGGGCCGCGGCGGCGGCAAGAAGAGCCUCAGCGCCCGCAACGCUGCGGUGGAGAGGAGGAACCUGAUCACCGUGUGCAGAUUUUCUGUGAAGACCCUGAUUGAUCGGUCUUGCUUUGAAACAAUUGAUGAUUCAUCUCCUGAAUUUAAUAAUUUUGCAGCUGUUCUGGAACAAAUUCUAAGUCACCGGCUAAAAGGUCAAGUAACCUGGUUUGGGUAUGAAAGUCCUCGUAGCUUCUGGGACUACAUCAGAGUGGCUUGCCGGAAAGUUUCUCAAAACUGUAUCUGCAGCAUUGAAAAUAUGGAAAAUGUCAGCUCCUCCAGAGCUAAGGGUAGAGCCUGGAUCAGAGUAGCACUCAUGGAAAAACAUUUGUCUGAAUACAUCUCUACAGCUUUGAGAGACUUCAAAACAACCAGGAGGUUUUAUGAAGAUGGAGCCAUUGUCUUGGGUGAAGAAGCAAAUAUGCUUGCUGGCAUGCUGCUUGGACUCAAUGCUAUCGACUUCAGCUUCUGCCUAAAGGGAGAAGGAUUGGAUGGCACCUUUCCUGCUGUAAUAGACUAUACACCAUAUUUGAAGUUUGAGCAAAGUUCUGAUAGCAUUAGCAGUGAUGAGGAAGAACUCAGGACUUUUGGAAGCAGCGACAGUGAAAGCAGCACUCCUGAGAACGUGGGGCCACCUCUCAUCAUGGAUGAGAACAGCUGGUUCAACAAGUGUAAGAGAGUCAGACAAAAGUACCAGCUUACCCUGGAGCAGAAGGGUUAUCUUGAAGAACUCUUACGACUUCGUGAGAACCAACUUUCUGAAUCUGUCUCUCAGAAUAAAGUACUACUUCAGAGGAUAGAAGAUUCUGAUCUGGCCCACAAGUUGGAGAAGGAACAGUUAGAAUAUAUCAUUGUGGAGCUUCAAGAUCAGCUGACUGUGCUAAAGAAUAAUGAUUUAAGAUCAAGACAAGACUUAACUGCCCACCUCACCAACCAGUGGCCUUCCCCAGGAGCUCUGGAUGUCAAUGCUGUUGCCUUGGAUACGUUGCUUUACCGAAAACACAAUAAACAGUGGUAUGAUAAAAGUUACCAAAGCCUUGACCAGUUAUCAGCAGAAGUUAGCCUAUCUCAGGCCUCCUUGGAUCCCAGCCACUCACAAGAAGGAGAUGGGAAACAAGACUCAUUGAAUUUCAUCGGUGAAGGUAAAGAAGAUACGCCCUCACUGCUUGGUCUCUGUGGGUCACUAACAUCUGUGGCAAGCUACAAGUCCCUCACGAGCCUAAAAUCCAAUGACUGCCUUGCGAGCCCCACAGCCGAGAUGACAAGUCCAGGCCUGACUCCAUCCUGAAAGACUACAUAAAAACCCAAAGUUUCUGUAUUGUAAAUAUUCAGUUUCCAUAGGUUUGGCUGCUGGGGAGAUCUUUGAAAUUUUAUAUUAUUCUGGCACACACAUGGCAUUUUGUCGUUUGAGGAUUUCAGCCCAGCCCAUGUAAAGUCUGAGGGAAAAGCAUAAUAGUCCUGCUAUUUUUCUUUUUUUUAAAUCUUACAUUUGUCAUUGAGGAUAUUUAAAAUUGAAUAGGCUUUAAAGAAAUCUUACAAAGAUUGUCUGAAUCCAUUGUAAACUGUACAAAGUUGUUACUCAACUGAUUUUUAUAUAUUUGUUUAAAUGCCUCUUGGUGUGCAGAGGCUGGGCUCAGACUUCAUUCAAGACUUAAAAAUUGGUGUUUUCUUUCACUCCUUUAUUUAGUGGUUACAUCUGCACAGACGAUAACUAAUUUCAUUAAGUAUUUCCUAAGUUGCGAUGUCCACGUGAUAUGUUUGUACAGGAGAAGGCUCUCAGCCGCAGGGGCACAAUGGCUCUUUUAGUUUUUCUUCUAUCGUUUAUCAUUUGGUACCAACUUUUAGCAUUUCAUAAAUUUUUAGAUAUGUACCUUUUUAGGCAUUUGCUGACUUAAUUUGUAAGGUAUGUAGGAAAAGCAUUUUAUAUCUAAGAAAAUGAAUACAUUUCUUAGACUUACUUUCUCAGGAUUUCCUUUUAAAAUUAUCAAUUUUAAAAUGUGAUGGGGGUAUGCCUGAGAAGUUGGAAACAUUCCAAAAUGCAGAACAAAUGUUGGAAAAGUGUUAUUUUCAUCAGAAGUUUAGAGUUUAGUUUAAGGAUUUGAGAAACUUUUAAAUGAAGAACUCAUGAGUGACCAGCAUAUCUGACUGUGAAUAUAUGUCUGAGCUACAAUGCUAUUUUCCUCCUGUGUGCAACAAUUAAUUAUAUCUUGGAUGUUUCACACCCUUUACCAUUAUACCAUGACCUCAUUUUUAAACUGAUCUUAGUAUUUAAAAAUCAUAUAUGUCUAUGGGAAAAGUGGUUUUCUUCAUAUCCGUGUUUCAAAUCUUUUUGCAGUUUUUGAAACAGCUUCACAUGUCCCUAAAAAUUCCACCCAUUGAAAAUGAAAAUGUAUGAAGUAUAUUUUCUAUAGUGAGUAAUAUGAGGAAAACAAGUGUGCCAAAGAAAUUUUCUAUGUUGUUUACAUGAGGAGGUCACAAUACUUACUGGGGACUUCAUGUGGCAUUUUUGUUUGUUAAUUUUUAUAUUUAAACCUAGCACCUGUGACAGGUAGAAUCUGUUCCUCCUGUAAAGCUGUCCGAGGAGAGCUGAACUCACAUGUUCGUUCCUUGUGUCCAAAGUGUAGGGAUGGGAGGUUUCAGAAAUGCUUGGAGCUUAGUCUCGUGGUGUGGAAUAUCAAGUCAUUAAUAGUGAUGUGAGCAGCCUUACAGCGAGGUAGAACACACAGUCAUUUCAGGGGCAAAGGAGGCCUGGACGCUCAUGACAGAUUUUGUAUCGGAUGUGUCAGAACAUACAGGAACCUUUCUGCCCAUAGCUGAAGGCUUUAAUACUUGUACAAAUGCAUACCUUCUUAAAAAUUAGCACCUCCAGCUGUUCUGAAUAAUGUACACCACAUUAAGAAUACAAUGUCCAAAGCUGCUUUUAAUCAAUGUGACCUCGGGGCCUGAGGGAGGGCAUAUGAGGAAAUAGAUGGUCAGGAAAACUGAGAAUUUCAGGCUGGUCGUGAGCACGCCUCUACUUUCCUAAGAACUAUCAAAAUGUUUAAUGCUUUAUCAUCAUGACCUGCUCUCACCUGACAUUUAUGAUUCUUUCAUAUAUUAAAACCUUGUUAAGAUCUUUUCAUACAUUUUUAUAAAGUAGAAGGGAACACAAGGUUCCCAGUUGGUACACUUUUUCAGAUUUGUCUGAUAGAAACACUAGUUUGUGCACAUAACCCUACUGCAAACCACAGACUGAGACAUGACACAUGAGGAUCAUGGCUUUCCCUUCAUUCUUGGAGUUCUUGGUAUAAAAUUCAUCUGCUACUAUGAAAUCCAGGUUUCUGCAGUUCAUUUAAAACUAGAGGCAGUUUAUAAAUGUUGCAUGAAUAAACUGUGUGUCUCAAUCUUUAAUUUUCAGUGGUAGUAUUUAUUUUUCAGAACCCCACAAAGAAUGCUGAAUUAUGUCUAUCUUUUCAUGUUUAUUUUGUUGCCUUGAUGUACUAUAAUUGUUGCAUGUAUAUUAAAGGUUUUUUUAAUAAUACA